CCUGGAAUGCUAUGGCUAAUCCACCUUUACUUAUACAUUUAAUUAUAAGUGAAUACAAAAUGUCAAAACAAUAUUUUUAUAUUAAAAUGCAAUUAUAUUUAACAUUUAUAUGGUUUCUGUUAUGUCUGUUUAUAUUAGUAUAGGGCAUAAAAAGUGACAUUUCCUGUGGUCAAGUGUCAAAUUACUGCCUGUCCCGGUUGCCUAGCAACCCAAAAUAAUAAAGGCUACUCGAAAGUAAGGGAUCAAGUGCACUCGUUAAACAGCAGUAGUAAGUGUAAAGUAGUAAACAUGUAUCAGCGCGCGGAGAUAUACCUGCCCCGAAAGAAGAAGGUUCCAGAAGCCUUCCGCUCAAACACCUACAGGAUAUUUGAUGAAAAAGUCCCCGAGCGAUUAAAUCCAGACGAGGCGUACAAGGACCACAAAUAUGCAUCCCGAGAUCCAGAAGUGACAGAGAUGCUAAAGACACACAAUAUCCCACAGCCUUACAAUGUCAAGUUCAUCAGCACCAAUGUGAGGUUCCUCAACGAGCCCAUUGUUCAUAUGGAAACUGAGAACACAAAGGACGAACAGUGUAAAUGGUGGCUGAAUACACCGGACAAGAAAGUGCCUAGAAAAACAACAUACAGUAAGGAGAGCACUCAGAGACGUGACUACCAACCGAUCACACACAUUCCAGUGACCAGGGUUCAAGAGGAGAGAACUAAGCUUCCAGCUACAGGAAUCAUUCCGACUUUGAGUCCUCUUGGCCAGCCUAAAGAAUUAGUGGAGCACAUGUCCUUCAUUCACCAGUAUGACUCCAGGAGAAAUCAUGACCAACCCUAUCAAGGAAAACGUCACGGAGCCUUUGUGUGGAGCGAGAGGGGGGAGAUGGGGCCCAGUGCAUUCCAGAGCUCGGAGGGGCUUCGUUCGGACUCAGAGGGGAAAACGUACAAUAUGAACCUUUCCCAGCAUGCCCUUCUGUCCUCUCCACAGAUGUAUGUGUCCACUGGGACCUUCUCCACCCAGUCAAGCCCUGACCAUGGGAACUCCUACAGCAGGAAUGACAAGAUGGCAGGGAUCCCCGCUUAGGCUGGUGGGAUCAAAGUCGCAGCGUGAACCAUGCUGCACUUGGGUUUGGGAAAUACGCAGUGAAUCGUCCUUGCCAUCUCUGGUGUCAUAUCAGUCCUGUUACAAACUAUAACUUAUAAUAAAGAGAAUAAUACAUCUCCGUUUCUUUUCACAACUGUGUUGUGCAUCGUAUUAUUGAAAACAGGUUUGCUGACUGAAAUUAAGUAAUUUUUUUUCACAAAAAGGUAAUAGAGCGUUCACCCUCAGAUUCCUGCUUUCAUUCAGAUGAUUCUAUUUUCUAGAGAUUUAAUCAGUAGUGAAUCAUGAAUAUUUGGGUACUGCUCCUGUUAUUUGUCCAUAUUUUAGCAGCUUACUCACUUUAAAUGACCAUAUCACCACCAAAAUAGUUCAUCUGUGGCACAAAACAAAUAAAAUGUGAUGUAAUGCUUGUGCCUUGACCCACCCAGUAAGAGCCACUGCUGUUCCAUACGUUACAGUAAUGCCUCAUCAAAUAUGAAUGCAUUAAGGAUGCACUGUAUGGGAAAAAGUCCUGAGGUUUAAAUGCUUAAUGGAGAGGCUAAGAGUCCACCCACACAGACCACAUUCUCAUAACACAGAAACAGGGCAAGUGUUUAUGUCCGGUUGUUUGUUUAAGCUGCAAUGCACUUGACUUUGACACUAAACAUUAUGUUUAAAAAAAAGGCAUGUACAGUUUUUUAUCUUAUGCACUUUAUUUUUCACCCACAAUUCUAAUUCAAGAUCAAUAAAGCAUAUGUGUGUGUA